AUGGGUGGCAACAGGGCAACCUACGUUAAUCCUUUCAUAGUGAACGGCAGGACAGUGGAUAUCCAUAUUACUGUCCGCGGCUCAGACUGGUACUGGGCUGUGAUGUCGAUUAUGGGCUUCACCAUGCUGGCGAUAAUGGGGCUGUCGUUUCGCCGCCAUCCAACGCAGCGAAUAUUCCAUUAUAUUCUCGCAGCAGCAGCUUUCGUAGCAAUGGUGGAACAUUACAGCAUGGCGUCUAAUCUCGGAUGGGUCCCGAUUGACGUAGAAUGGCAUCGAAGUGGCCACCUGGAUUCUGGAAUGAAUCGCCAGAUCUGGUUCCUCAUCUGGCCGCUUCUCUCUCUAUCAGUGCUUUUCACCUGCGCCGCUCCUACUGUUCAUAUACUCUGGGCGUGCUUUUUGAGCGCAGUGAUGGCGAUCAUGGCAGUAGUCGGUGCUGUGGUCCGCAGCGACUACAAAUGGGGAUACUACGGCUUCUGGAUCUGGUCCUGGUUAUUGCUUGUCCAUUCUCUGCUCAUAGCACCUCGAGGAUACGCAAAGGCCCUAGGUCGAGAUAUCCAGCUUGCGCACAUCAUACCAGCCAGUUGGAUUUGUCUGCUCUGGAUGCUCUACCCUGUAUGCUGGGGGGUUAGCGAGGGAGGAAAUGUCAUCCCGCCUGACUCAGAGUUCAUCUUCUAUGGAAUCCUUGACUGUUGCCUUAUUCCCAUCACUUGUGGAAUCUUUCUCUGGUUGCAUGAAAGAAUUGAUCCGAGGUAUUUGGGACUGUAUAUUCGUACAUAUAAAGAUCCUAUUGCUGGAUGGAGGGAUCCGGCACUUGUUACUGGAGGGGUCGAAAAGUCCCAGGAAAUUGGGGCUCCUGGCCAAGUAAAUGAGGGUACUGGUCAGCCCACUGCUUCUGAGCCUGAUCGGCUAGCCGAGGGAAUGCCGACUGCGGAAGGGCAGGAGAUGGCCUAG